CAUACAUAAAUGAGGGUUCCUCACAAGGAACUUGUGCUGUCAGCGGACUCUAAAAACCCGGUCAGUGUUUUGCCAACCUCUCAGCUUUGUGAGAAAAUGUUACUAUCGCUGCUCUGGACAUGAUGUCCGCUUGCUGGGGUUUCCUCAUUAUACUUUUUCUUCAAUAGACAUUCCGUUAAGAGGCGGCGUUGGAUCGAGCGUCUGUGUGACCGUUGUUGCACAGCUUUAAUGUGCGUCCAGCCGUAGAAAUGCCGUGGUAAAAAUGUCAAAAGCAACUAAGGUGCUGUGACUCCCCUCCCUCCCCCUUUCUUCCCUUUCUAUCCGCAUCACAGCCUCAGCGCCAGCCGCAUUCAAAAGAGCAGUUGCAAAAGCCCAAACAAGGCGUUCGAUCGUAGUUUAUUCACUGACGUUGGUCUUGUUUUAGUGAACAGUGUUAAUGGACUUCGGGAAGCGCUGCAGUAUAAAACCAUGACACGUCCACUUAGCAGGAGCCAGAGCUAGCAAGCUAACUAGCUACUUCAUUCCCAGUAACAGGGCUGCUGCUCUGCUUAAGGUUGUUCACAAAUGCAUGAGGUUAAAAAUCUAUUCAGUCUGGCUCUUCUGGAUAGCUUUACCUCGUAGUGGGAAAUAUCGGUGAAAUUUGUCAACAGACUUUGACAGGAGUAAAACCCUGUCUACUGUAGUUGGAGUGGAUCUCCUCCAGCCAACAGCAAGAUGGACUCUGGUUCUGCUCGUCUGUCUCGUCAUAGUUCAGAUCGACAUUUUGCACGGAGAUUAAUACGAUCUAUGUUUAGAGGCAGGAAUAAAGGAUGUGGGCUAUUGGAUCCUACGAAUGUUAUCUCUCAUAUGCUAUACCGUUACUGCGCGUGAGGAGCUUGACAGCAGCAUAAGACUUCAGUGUAAACAGUAACAGUUCGGGUUGGGCGUCAUCAGUUGGACCCGAGGAACAAGUAAAGCUAAAGGUCCCUGCCGCUACCCCAGCUUGAUUUGUACCGGUCUGGUUCGCAUUGCUCUAAACGCAUUCGUUUGUCACGGGGAUUUGGCCUUCCUGUUUUCCGUUGGCCACAUGGGUGGUUCAGCAGCACAGUCAUCAUCAUUGUAUGACGGGCUGUGCCAGCUUUGUCCUCAUCAUUCAUUCAGCAUUUCCAUAUUUUUUUCUAAAGUGCGGUAGUACCAUGAAGAGUGGAGGAAGAGGUAAGGCGCCACCUGCAGAAGAGCUCACUGGCAAAAGACCCAAACGCAAAUGUCUGCAGUGGCACCCACUUCUUUCCAAGAAGGCUUCAGAAUUCUCUGAGGAAGAAGAAGAAGAUGAUGAAGAGGAGCUGGGGAAGGCAGGGCUGUGCAGUGAGGACCAGAACUCCCAAGUGCAGAGUGUAAGCAUGACAGAGGAAGUUGAGGAGGACUCCAAUGAACACCGGGCACGUCGACCUAUGAAUGCUUUCCUCCUCUUUUGCAAACGCCAUCGUUCCCUGGUGAGGCAGGAACAUCCUCGGCUAGACAACCGUGGGGCCACAAAAAUCUUGGCUGAUUGGUGGGCUGUGCUGGAGCCCAAGGAGAAGCAGAAGUAUACUGAUAUGGCCAAGGAGUACAAGGAUGCCUUUAUGAAGGCAAACCCAGGCUAUAAGUGGUGUCCCACCACCAGCAAACCACUCAAGAGCACUUCCUGUCAGCCUGUUAGCUGUCCUCGCAAAAAAGUUUGUUCUUUCUCCUGCAACUCACCCAAGGACUCCACUGCCAAAAAAGUGCCCAAAAGCGACAGAUUGCACCAGUUGAACUUUGCCAUGGCAGAUCCUACAAAGAUGGGAGGCCUGAGUAUGCUGCUGUUAGCUGGUGAGCAUGCCCUCACAAACAGGGAGAUCCCUCCCAUUACUAAACCUACAUUACCUGACAUAGCCAGUAAAGGACACACCUUUUCAGAGGAAACCAAAGAGAUGUUGUCCCAGACAAUUACCAACAAAGGGCCUGACAUUACUGAGAGCAGGAUGAAGAAUGGCCCUUCUUUAGUGGAAGAGUCUUCCCUGUCAGGCGCCCUUGAAGGAAAACCUUACAGGCAGACCGCUCUCUUCCAGCUUGCUGAGCUCAGCUUUUACAAUGAGCUCCAAGUUUUUGAGAUGUGUUUAGCAUCAGAAGCAGGAAAAAUAGACACAAUAGCAUCUCAGCCAGAUGACUACUGCUCCACAAGAACUCGCAAGCAAUCAUUCACGAAGGCAGGAGUUAAAGAGGAGAGAGAGGACACUGACCAUUGUACUUCUACUCACAGAGAAGCCCCUCAUCUUUCUCCUCCCUCUUUAACAUCUACCUCCUCUGAUGCCACCCCCCCUUCUCAACAAGCAAACCAAAGUGGAUGUGUCAAAAAGAAAAACAAGAAAAAUGAGGAGAUCAAGUUUAAUGACAUCCCAUGUUCAGAAAAAAGAAUCAGUAAGAAUUGUCAGCACUUGGAAUCAAACAUGGAUAGCACGAUUGAAGCUGUGGCCAGAGGAGCCUGGAUUGACACAGAGGACAAAUCCAAGACGAAGACCCCUACCAGUCUUACAGAUAGAAACUCUGGUCUGCUUCAAAAGAAAACUAAGACCAAAGUUAAAACACUGGUCAAAGCAAAAGACGAGGAGUUGGUACCUAGCAGGGAGCAGCAUGGGUCCUCUGAUUUGGAGACAAAGAAAGCAGUGCCUGGCAUUGUCCUAAGGACUGAAGCAGAGAGUGCAAAUAGUGAAAGCACAGGCUUUCAGGGCUCCAUGCAAGAGUCCUCCCAUGCCCACUGUGGCCAAUCACCUGCUAAGCCAAAAGAAGAGAACAAGGAGAAAGAGCAGCAAAAGGCUAGUGACAUAACCUAUGAGCUGAACAAACACAACCAUGGCUCCAGGAAAUCGGAGCGCAGCUGUAAGGGUGCCUUGUACAAAACUCUUGUGUCUGAGGGAAUGCUAACUUCACUGAGAGCCAAUAUAGACCGAGGUAAAAGAGGUGCUUUUCGUGCUUUUGACCAUGAUACUAACUGGAGUCAUGACAGCUGGACAGUUUCACACAUGGGACCAAGUAAUACAAAGAGGCUGAAAAAGUCCAAGUCCAAAGAAGAGUCUUCACAGAGCCUAGGGAAACUGGAGGAGGAGUUUGAAAAGAAGUUUAACAGCCUACCACAAUACAGCCCACUGACUUUUGAUAAGAAGGGAUCAGCUGUUGCCAAGAAAAGGAAGUCUGACUGCUCCUCUAACCUAGAUGACUCCUCUAAAGUUCCAAAAGAUGUCCAUGGUGCCACCAGUAUGGAGAUGCUGGUUGGCAGCCAGAAGAGGAAGGCCAGGAAGACCAAGAUUACACACUUGGUGCGCACAGCUGAUGGCAGUGUUUCUCCAGCUGAAGGUGAGCUGCCAGAAACCAAAGCUGGGGAUCUAAACCAGGAACAGGAUAAGAAGCCAUUAAACCAACUGAAUUUAUGCAAUAAAAAAAGGUGCUACAGCAGUCCCACAGCAGAUGAGACUAGCAAGGGCACCUUACCACAAGAGCUACCUGCUUUCUUCAGCUUGGCAGCCCUUGCUGAGGUAGCGGCCAUGGAAAAUAUUCACAGAGGCCAGAGGAGCUUGGCUCAGAGCCAGAAGAAAGAGCUUGCACAAACUCCAGUUCUCAUAUCCUGCGCUGACCAGUAAAGUGUUGCUGCUGCUUCCGAAAGAAGAUGAAAUGAACAGUAGCAGUGAAGCUUUGCUUUCGUGAGAGGUGACUUGUUUUGGAGGGCUUGGACAAACUCUAGACUCUGAUUUUGCUUGAAUCUAAUGUAAGGGGACAGAAACCCUCUCCUCCUGUCCCUCCUGCCCCUUUCCUGUUGUUGUCUCAGUGUUUCACUCUGAGCCUUUGUUAGGUUUUAGGGAGAAUGCUUUUCUCAAAGGAUAGCUUUGUGUCUUCAAUUGAUGAUGUACUUGACAGUCAGUGAAUUCCCUACAGUAAGUGGUGGUCAGUAAAGUCAGGUUUUAGAGAAACAGGUGGGUAAGGUGGACUUUCAGGUAGACUGUUUUGUCAAAUGCACCAGCUGCUUUGAGAGAAAUGGUCAUAAGAACAUUGGAGCUACGUGUCUGUUGUUGAGCAGUAGGCCAAGAGCUCCUGUGUUAUGCAAACUAAAAUCAUCCUUUCAUCAGUAGUUUUUGGCUGGCUAUAAAGGGGGGCAUUUAAAUACUUCCAUCAUAGUUAUACAUUUAUCAUAAACUGAAUAGAAAUUAGCUUCUUGAUUUUGGCAGGAGCUUUAUGUGAAUUGCUUCUUAGUUUUCAGUGUCUCAGCUGCAAUGUUCAGAGGAUCCUCAACUUGGGCAGGAAUGAGGAUUUGUUGAACUGGUUAAUUUGUGCAUAAUUCGCUGUGAUUCUCCAAACUUUGAAAGCUCUCAUGGUUUUGUACUGCAGAUGUGUCACUGACCACUCUAGUACCACACGCAAUACUGUUUUAAAUAUGAAGAACACACAAAUUACCCAUCUACCAUGUGUACAGAAAUUAAAACAAAUAUAUUGGCACGUUUUGUGGCUGUGGCCACUAUGUACUGUUUUGCACCUGGCACUAAAACGAAUACCUGCUAUAUCUGCAUCAAAUUAGUCUGUGUAAAAGAACCAAGCUUCCCUCGGUGCAUGGCUUCCUUUUGAAGAUGGUUAAUAUAGAUUUAUUGAACACUGUUAUAUCAGUUGGAAGCCAUUUUGGAGGUUACGUUUUGUGACUGAAAAGACAAUUUUUUUACAGGGCUGUGAAAGUGCUUUUUGCUCACAGUCAUAUUUUCUUGUUUUUUACCCAAUGAAUAGUUCCCUGCACCUUGCUGAAAAACCUCUGUAUUUGAAAAAAGGUUCUUGGCCUCCAGCUUCAACCCAAAAUAACUUUCAACCAGGGUAAAUGAUCAUGAUAAACAGACUUCCAUUACCAUCUACUUGCUCAGUUUUUUGGUAAUAUACUAAUGUGGUAUCCUUAUAUGUAUCAUGAAUGAGCUUUUUAUGUUUAUGCAAAUAUGUUUUAGUUUAAAUAGAUUUUGUGGCAACUAAUGUUGGACUGAAAGUUAAGAGGAGAAUUUAAUUCCCCUACACCUGAAUUGAUAAUAGCAGUGUGCACUUCUCCUGUUUAUCUUUCUGUUCAGGUUCCCUGACAGACAGGUGUAUGAUUUAAAGCCUGCUGGUCAGAACUGAAAGAUAUGUUUGAAAUCUAGCCUUAAUCCUCCUACAUGCAUUCUGUUUGCCACCACAAAGCCCGGAAGCAGCUUAAUAUUUUCAGUUUCAACAUAUUUGAAUAGUGGAAUGCAGUUUUCUCACUACUUGAGAAAAAGGUUGAUUUUCUUGUCAGGAUUUUUUCCAUGGAUUAUUUAUUGUUUAUUUAGUUACUAAUUUGACAGUGAAGUUUGAGUUUGAAGAGUAAUGCAUGGCAGCAACAACAUGGUUCUUUUACAACAGUUGUGUCUUUGAGGGUUCUGAAUCAAGCUAGCUGCAGGUUUUCACAUGAAAGACCAGUGGUCUGCACUGUCUAGCAGGUUCAGUUCAGGAUUUUGUCUUUUGGCCUGGGUCAUGGAAACAAAAUGCUUGAAACCUUCCCUGCUCUGAAGCAGCUUAGGUCCAGAGCAGAUUACCGCAUCUUCACCAAUCAGUGCAAAAUGAAAAUGAAUAAAAUAGACAGCAGUAUGUGAACAGCAUCUGACUUUGGCUUUAAUGAAAAAUUUUCAUAAUUAUAAUGCACCCAAAAACAGAAACUGUCAUAAAAUUUGCACCUCUAAAUGAGUUUUAUUUAGCUGGACUGAGGACAGAGAUGUCUUUUUGUAAUAAAGGUUGCAGAACCAUGCCCUAAACCAUAAGAGUUUUUGCAGACCUACUAUAAUAUAUUUAAGGCAAUUAAGGCUUAAUGAUAUGGCUGUGAUAAGGUUAUUGAUUUGUGCAUUCAUUCUUUUUUGCAUUGUUUCUAUUAUGCUUUAUUUCCUUUCUGCCUUUGUUUUUUUUUUGUGAUUUAUCAUUUCAACUCUACCUUUUUUACAUGAGCAGGCAAAUGCUCGGGUGACCAAGUCAGUUUUAUAGUACCAGUAAAACACAAUCUUCACGGUAAGGGAUAGGUUAGCCAGAUCUACUGAUAUAUACAUGCUUCAUAGUGUAGGCUUUAGAUGUUCUCAGGUGUUAGAUCCUUUUGUUGUUUAUUCUAAUUUGUUUAAUGUUUAAUAAAAGCUUGCUAGAGCUAGUGGAGGCAA